AUCGACGUCGGCAAGUGACGAUGGACAUCACUCUACGACUCGCAAGUAUUCGUCGGACACCCGAUUCGAGGCGCUGCCGAUUUAAUGUUCUCGGUUUUCUAUCUUUCAUUUUCCCAUCGCACUCCAACACGCACGCACGUGCCCUUCCUUGAACUAUGUAAUUGUGGGAUGACUUGGGCCUCGUAUGCCGACUUCUGGUGAACUGGUCCGGACAGUGACGAGAGACAACAGUGAUUACUUGGUCGUGCCACACUUUUUAGCACGAAUCCGACGCGCUCUUGCACUCUUUCACCCACCUGGUAGCCCUUACCACAAACCGCGCUCUACCACUUCCCUACCUCCCUCGAACAUGCCAGCCCACUCCACCAAACUAGAAUUCCACGCAGACGGCCUGGAACUCUACCCCUUCUCCGGGUCCCUCGACUGCGCCAUCUGCCACGAGCCGCUUAUCGCCCCAGUAAACACCCAGAGCCACACCAAAGCUCAAGCCGACAAGAGCGACUCCCCCACCCCAACCACGAAGGCAUGGCCUUCCCGCACGCCACCUACCACACGCACGCUGCCGUCAAGCUCACAGCCUGCGGCCACAGCUUCGGAAUCAACUGUCUGUGCCUCUGGCUCUACGACCACAAGACGUGCCCGACGUGUCGGCGGGAGCUGUUUCCAGCGCCCCGUGGCCUGGCGGAGCAGUGCAUCGACCGCGAACUAGAGCAUUACAAUGCUGAGCAAGCUAUUUGGGGGGUUACUGCGCUUUUUCGACGCGUGGCGAGGGAGGCGCCUGAGUGCUUUGUGGCGCUGUCGGUGUUUGCGCUGAGGUGUAUAGAGGAGAGGAUGGAGCGGGAGAGGUUAGGGCGGGAGCGGGAG